AUGGACGCACGCGUCGGCACCCCGCUCACCCCAUCCUAUAGCCGCGACCCCUCCACCGCCGCCGCCGCAAACCCUAGCCCGGGUGGCGGUGGCCUCGGCGCCAUGGGUGGCAUGGGUGGCUUCGGAGCUACCGUGGGCGGUGCAAUGGGAGGCAUUGCUGGCUUUGGAGCACCCCCCGACGCUAUGGCCAUCAUGGGAGGCAUGAGUUUUGCUUCUCUCAUGGGAGGCAUGGGUGCACCUCCGGCCGCCAUGGGCGGAAUGUCUUUCGAUGUGCCUCCUCGCACACAUUCCCAUGAAGAUGCCGUUGAAGAUAUUGCCAACACCGUCGGAGCUUCAUGUGAUGCGGUGCGCGAUGAGGAGAGGGAGGAAGAUUCAUCUUCGGAGGCGGAAGAAUCUUCUUCCGAAGAUGAGGACGAGGACGAGGACGAGGAAUGCUGUGUCUUUCAUUUGUGUAUUGAACUUGAUUUGCAUUUUGAACUUGGUUGGAUGAACUUGUGGGCAUGA